AUGCUGCUUGUUCUGAUGCGGGAAUUCGGAGGCCCAACUCUGGAUGAAGGAGAUAUCGCUUUGCUGAAAACCUACGGCCAGAGCACAUACUCGAGGCAGAUCAAGCAAGUAGAAGAUGAUAUUCAACAACUACUUAAGAAAAUCAAUGAGCUCACUGGAAUCAAGGAAUCCGACACUGGGCUCGCUCCUCCUGCCCUUUGGGAUCUGGCUGCAGAUAAGCAAACUCUCCAAAGUGAGCAGCCAUUACAGGUUGCAAGGUGCACAAAGAUAAUCAAUGCAGACUCUGAGGAUCCCAAGUACAUUAUCAAUGUCAAGCAGUUUGCCAAAUUCGUGGUGGAUCUCAGUGACCAGGUGGCACCUACUGACAUAGAAGAAGGCAUGAGAGUUGGGGUGGAUAGAAACAAGUAUCAAAUCCAUAUCCCCUUGCCUCCCAAGAUUGAUCCUACAGUCACCAUGAUGCAAGUAGAAGAAAAGCCAGAUGUCACUUACAGUGAUGUUGGUGGUUGUAAAGAGCAGAUUGAAAAGCUGAGAGAGGUGGUUGAAACCCCUCUGCUUCAUCCUGAAAGAUUUGUUAACCUUGGAAUUGAGCCUCCCAAAGGAGUACUUCUGUUUGGACCACCUGGUACAGGCAAAACGCUUUGUGCCCGUGCUGUUGCUAACAGGACUGAUGCCUGCUUCAUCAGAGUAAUUGGAUCUGAAUUGGUGCAGAAGUAUGUGGGAGAGGGAGCUCGAAUGGUUCGUGAACUCUUUGAGAUGGCCAGAACUAAAAAAGCUUGUCUUAUAUUCUUUGAUGAAAUUGAUGCCAUUGGAGGUGCUCGUUUUGAUGAUGGGGCUGGGGGUGACAAUGAAGUGCAACGUACUAUGCUGGAGCUGAUCAACCAGUUGGAUGGUUUUGACCCACGAGGCAACAUCAAAGUACUGAUGGCUACAAACAGACCUGAUACUCUGGAUCCAGCCCUGAUGAGACCCGGCAGGUUGGACAGGAAGAUAGAGUUUAGCUUGCCUGAUCUUGAGGGGAGAACUCACAUAUUCAAGAUACAUGCUCGUUCGAUGAGUGUUGAAAGAGACAUCAGAUUUGAGCUGUUGGCUCGACUGUGUCCUAAUAGCACAGGCGCUGAGAUUCGCAGUGUCUGCACGGAGGCUGGCAUGUUUGCCAUCCGAGCACGCCGAAAAAUCGCAACAGAGAAAGACUUCCUAGAAGCAGUGAACAAAGUCAUUAAAUCGUAUGCAAAAUUCAGUGCUACCCCCCGCUACAUGACCUACAACUAGUAUCUUGGAGUGUUUUUCUUCUUCCUGUUGUUAAACGUUCUGUGAAACAAAAAUCUAAGCAUAGUAAUUCAUGUCAGUAAUUCAUGUCUUGUUCUGGGAAGCUAGAAAUAAAUGGAGUGUUCCAAACA